AUGUAUCUCCACCAGUAUGAUUAUAUCUUUGGUAUCGGCACGGUGUUUGCCAUGCUCGAUGCCUUCAACAACGGUGCUAACGAUGUGGCCAACUCCUGGGCAACCAGUGUGUCCUCGCGGUCCAUCUCCUACCGCCAGGCCAUGGUUCUAGGCACCAUCUUCGAGUUCCUCGGUGCCGUCACGGUCGGUUCUCGGACCGCUGAAACCAUCAAGAACGGCAUUAUCCCCAGCUCGGCCUUCAAGGGCAAUGCCGGAGUCCAGAUGCUGGCUUUCACAUGUGCCCUGGCCGCUGCCUCAUCUUGGGUGAUGUGGUGCACUCGUCACUCCGCUCACGUUUCUUCAACUUACUCCCUGAUCUCGGCUGUUGCUGGUGUCGGUGUUGCUACUGUUGGUGCUUCCAAGGUCCAAUGGGGCUGGAACGGUGGUAAGGGUCUGGGUGCUAUAUUCGCUGGUCUGGGAAUGGCUCCGGUUAUCUCGGGCUGCUUCGCUUCCAUCAUCUUCCUGCUCAUCAAGUUCAUCGUUCACAUGCGCCGCAACCCUGUCCCUUGGUCGGUCUACAGCUCUCCCCUGUGGUUCCUGGUUGCUGGUACGAUCUGUGUCCUCUCUAUCGUCUAUAAGGGUUCUCCCAACCUGGGUCUGAACAAGAAGCCCGCUGGCUGGAUUGCUGGCGUGACUGUCGGUUCGGGCGCUGCACUCUGCCUCUUGUCGGCACUGUUCUUCGUUCCCUUCGUUCACUCCCGUGUCAUCAAGAAGGAUCACACUGUCAAGUGGUGGAUGAUCAUCUACGGCCCCCUCCUCUUCAAGCGCCCCGCUCCUACAGAUGCCGGUGAGGUCGCUGUGGUGCCGAACUAUGCCGUUGUCCAAGAUGAUUUCGAGGACGAGACUUCCACCACCCAUGAAUCUAUCGACGAGAAGAAGCCUUACCUCGACAGCACCCCCACUGAUGCCAAUGAGCAGCAAAUGGUCAAGGCCGAGGCCACCCAGAUGACAUACAGAGAGAUCAUGGCCCAAUCGGAGGCCCGUCACCGUGAGAAGCUCCUGAAGGGCCGCGGUCCUCUGGGCUGGGCUAUGCGCUACCUCCGUGACAACCCCAUGGGUGCUGGUGAGAUAUACGAGUGGCGCAACAUCUUGACCCUGAUCAAGCGCAUCCCUGCCAUCAUCACCGUCGGUCUCCUGUACGGUGCUCACUACGAUAUCCACGGUGCCCAGAGUGGUAUUGCCGGUACUCCCGAGGGUGAGCGCAUGAAGCGGGUCUACGACGCCGCCGAGAAGUACCCCAACGAGGUCGAGCACACCUACUCCUUCAUCCAGAUUAUCACUGCUUGUACUGCCUCAUUUGCCCACGGUGCCAACGAUAUUGGUAACUCCGUCGGUCCCUGGGCUGCUAUCUACUCUGCCUGGACUACUGGAAACCCCGCUGCUGCCAAGGCCCCCGUCCCCGUCUGGCAGCUUGCCGUUCUCGCCCUUUGCAUUUCUAUUGGUCUGGUCACCUACGGUUAUAACAUCAUGAAGGGUAAGCUACAAUAUCCACCUGAGAAGUUCCACCAGAUACUAAUCAUUUUCUCAACAGUCAUGGGUAACAAGAUCACCUACCACUCUCCCAGCCGUGGCUCCUCCAUGGAGAUGGGCGCCGCCCUCACCGUCCUCGUCUUCUCCCAGUACUCCCUCCCCGUCUCCACCUCCAUGUGUAUCACCGGUGCCACCGUCGGCGUCGGUCUCUGCAACGGUACUCUGAAGGCUGUCAACUUCCAGCGUGUCGGCCUCCUGCUGCUCGCCUGGAUCAUGACCAUCCCCAUCGCCGGCACCCUUGGCGGAUGUCUGAUGGGUCUUGUCAUUAAUGCCCCCCAUUUCGCUGCUUAA